GUCCCAAAUAGGCUUGAAGGAGAACCUAGUUGGUGAACUUUGAGACUUUCGGGUUCCGCUUCCGAUUCCUAUCCACUCCUCCCUUUUAGGAGCAAGCACCUGGUGGUGUCAUUUCCUGGUACUGCAAUUCUUUAUCUCUUACGGUAGUAUGCUUAGGCCCCCCUGGUCUUAUAACCUAUACCCUCCCCCCGUCGCUUAAGCAAGCCUCACCCGUUAAACCUCGUCAUUAGGAGAUGCUUAAGUUCCUUGGACCUUGACAGUAUCAAGUAAAAUAAAAAUUGCCGACGCGUCCUGCUUUCACAACUUUUUCUUUUUCAUGGUUGUCGUUACUAUUUGGCUUUGACACACCAGAGUUCAGGACUAAUGGUUGUCUCCUCUAUGCAGCAUCAUCCCCACCACUCGCAGGGUCCGGCGCCUCCCCAGCACCUUCAGCAUCCUCGACCCCCGAGUAUCGUUCACCAGCAACACCACCAGGCACCGCAGCAGCAAUCGCAACACCCUUCGGCCUACUCGUCGACCCAUUCCAUACAGCCCGCCUACCAACAAGCAACACACGCGCCCGCUGCCCAGCACGCGCAAGAUUUGCCCUAUUACGCUCACCAGAGCCCCUACAGCACUCCAGGGACGACAAGCGGAUAUACAUCCGCAGACACCUCCGAAAUGAUGGCCGCAGCUCAAAUGCCUCGACCGUAUCCCCCGAUAUCAUAUCAUGCAUCAAAUUCCAACUCUCCAGCGUCUGUCGCGUCGCCAUCGGGGCACGACCAGCACCGAAGUCUUUACGGGCAGCCAGGACCGCAGCUUCAACCCCAAUCCAUGUAUUAUGGCACGCAACAACCGCAAUACUCAUCUCUGCCCCCGCAGGCGCCCUCGCCGUAUCAGCAGCAUGCUCAGCAACCGCAUCAGUCUAUGGCGUCGCAACCCAACAUGAUGAUGUCUCACGCAGCACCACAACAUCAAAUGGCCCAACACACGAGUCAACACGCGCAGGGGGGAAUGACGGGCAGCCCCCGACAUACCAAGAUGGAAUCACAGAUGCCCCCACAACUGCAGCGUCCUACUCCUGGGCCGCUGGGUACUUCGCAGCAACCUCAAAACGGCGGACAAUUACCAACUCCUACUGGAUCGACGACACCAGGGGUUAACAACAACGCGGCGCCGGGGCCGAUCCCCGCAACUACCCCUCUAGUUGUGAGACAGGAUAAUAAUGGUGUACAGUGGAUCGCAUUUGAAUAUUCUCGCGAUCGGGUGAAGAUGGAAUACACAAUUCGCUGUGACGUCGAAUCCGUAAAUACGGACGAACUUGGCAGUGAUUUUAAGACAGAGAACUGCGUAUACCCUAGGGCAUGCUGUCCUAAAGACCAAUAUCGUGGUAAUCGAUUACAGUAUGAGACCGAAUGUAAUACGGUGGGAUGGGCAUUGGCCCAGCUUAACGUAUGCCUUCGUGGGAAGAGAGGACUUAUUCAGAGAGCUGUCGACAGCUGGAGAAACAGUAACCAAGAUCCUAGAUUGCGAAGCCGACGUGUGCGACGAAUGGCGAAGAUGAACAAUCGCAAGGCAGUUCAGACUCCACACUCAGCACAUAUGUCCGGUCCCAGUGGUCCGGCAGGGAUGUCAACCCCUGGGGCCAUUGGUCCCGGCGGCGGUACGCCCAUGGGGAAACCUGGGAUGAGCAACAUGGGUCCUCAGAUGCAUCACCACCACGCCCACGAAGGAGGUCCUCAAGGCGGAGACGAAGUCGGGGAUGGAGAGUACGUGGAUGGAUCUCAUCAUCACCAUCAUCAAGUACCUACCGGGCCAGGAUCUAGAAACGCGGACGACGCUCGUCCAGCUCAAGUCUUCACUGGUUAUCCACAACAGUAUCCUAGUCAUGCUACAUCAGGAUCGUCCAUGCCACCGAUCCAUGAUGGCCUUGGCGCGUCCCAUCACAACACUAUCGUAGCUCGACGUAUGAGCCGGGACGAUGAUGACAAGAAUCCCGAAGGCCUAUUUCCCGAUAUCCCGGAUGCUAAGAAACGAAAAUUCAUAUUGGUUGAAGAUAACAAACGUAACUCACGCUUGCGCGUGCGCGUGACGCUGGAAGAUGUUAACCCCAAGGAAAUUCCUGAUUCAUUCCGUAAGAGCUCUGCUGUAUUCCAGCGCAGUUACUUUCCGCGCGAAAUGCAAAGUCCGCCUCCAAGCGCCACGGGUAGCCAAUUCUUUCAGGAUGACCUAAGUGACGAUAAUGUCGAAGUCGAGGGUGGUCGAACAGGGCGCGCUCGAAGGAGCAACAUAAGGGGACGCACUAUGGUCAAGGCUCCUAUGUCAGAUGGGAACGAAGCCGAGGUUGCUAUCCCAAGGACCCGACGGGGCGCUCGCAUAAAGGAAGUGCGACUUAAUGACUUAGCGUACCGCAUGGCAUGGAUGCAUAGUCGUGUAUUCGCUGGCAGGACCGUUUUCCUACAGCGAGCUCUCGACUGCUACCGUAAUAAGACUUGCACCGCGAUCGAAGGCGUCACACAAGACGUGAGAACCAUGGUACCUCACUACGAAACCAGAGUAGGCAAACGAAGAUGGAGUGAGCGAAUGCGCCGCGGCGAAAAACGGGACGACGAGGCUUGAACCCGAAGCCCUGUUGCGUUUCUACCACAUCAUCUUAAUGAUACCCGACUGGCGACGUGCUACCGACGAACGCUGAUUUCCUGGAGCUACUUUUUUUUCUUUCUAUUCGUGCUGAUAA